AUGGAUGAGUUCAGUAACCUGACGAUAGUCGAUAAAGAAUCGGUAGUGAAUGAGAGGGAUUUGGAGGCCAUCCUGGAAUUGAAAAUAUGCGAGAAUGAGCCUGGAAUCGAGAAUCAAAAACAACAACUAUCGCAGAAAUUGAUGGACAGAAUCAUGCCUCAUGUACCGUCAAGUCCAUCACCACUGCGACAGUCUACAUUUGAGUGUGAUUACAGCGACGAGAUGGAUGUGGAUUCUGUUGUUGAUGAUAAUGAUAAUGAUGAUAACGACAACGAUGAUUCCGUUGUCGAAAACGACCUUUUGGAUGAAUCAGAAUCCGUCACUGAUGAAAGUUCUAGUUCGACAGGACCAAGUAGUAAAGCGGUAAUAAAAGCACUUUUGUCACCCACAAGCCUAGGUGUUGCUGCCGCAACAAAAUUGGAUCAAUUGCAUGACGAUGAGGUGGACGAUUGUGGAGAGCAGCAAGAAAGAGCCGAUAACCAAGCAUUCGAAACAAGGUAUUCCAAGAGUCCUACGGGCCUAGACUUGAGUCCAGAAGAUCUCUCUGAACUGCGGCACAGAUCCAAACAACAGCCCAUACAAAUCUCAAUCAACAAUAAUCAUUUCUACUAUCCGCAUCCAGAGAUGUAUUCACGAAGUGAAAACGCGACAUUUGAGAAGCCUAAUUCACUUCAAUUGCCGAAUCCGUGGUCUUCUUAUUCUCAUCCUGCUUCGCGAACUUCUUAUCUGGUCACGUCGUACCUUCAAAUUUUCCUGAACGCACUGACAGCAUUGCUACUUUUCUCUCUUGCAUUGAUCUUCAUGAGGUCUUUAAAAGCAGACUUGAGAUCUGCAUGGGAGGUGGCCAAAUUAGAACUAAAGCACGAAUCGAUCCAGUGCCUGAGAAACUACGAUCUGAAUCAUUGCGAUCAGAGUACAAGAGUAGAGGCCUUGGAAGAACAAUGCACUGCGUGGCAUAAGUGCAUGUCUCGAAAUAAUGAUGUAUUCUUUCGUGCUAGGACCGCCAUCAGUGCCAAACUAAUAGGUGACGUCGUAAACUCCUUCGUGGAACCGUUGGGUUGGAAAACGCUGUGCGUUGUUCUUUCGGGGCUAGCUAUCUGGUGCUUUAGCUCGAACUUCAUUCUCGGGUUUGCAAGAGCGAAGAGUUAUUAUGGUAGCUCCCAGCCCGAAAAGCGUGGUGACAAGAGAAGGGGUUCGCACAUGCUUACGGACAGUGACAGAAAAAUGUUGCGAUAA